AUGUCCAAAAGUCUAAAGCCGAGCUCAGAGAAAGCGCAAGAAGAAAAUAUUCGAAUAUCCCCUAUGAUAAUUCCAAAGGUGAUAAGAGUUGUUAAUUGUUAUUCAUCUCUUAUAGAAACAGAUGUAUUGCCUCCUCCGUUUAGUCUUGACUCAGAUCAUGAAACUUUGAAACCAAAGAAAAGCUAUAAGAAGAAAAUUCGUGUUGCCAAAGACUCAGUUGAAGAUGCCUAUUUAAAUAGUGCGCUUGAUUUUUUAACCAGCAUAGAAACUGCCAUUACUCCUGAAAAUCAGUCAUCAGAUGGCAGCGCUUCAGAUUAUUCUGAUCAUGGAGAAAAUUCAACUAUUGUGAGGAACGCAAAGGAGAAACAAAAAUCGUUUAAGCAUUGUCUAAGUCCUCUGGAUAUGUCUAGAUGACCUCAGAUUGACUUGAGUGAUGCCCCCACCACAAUAAAGAAUUCUCCUUUAAAAGACAGUUUAAAUCAAGAAUUCAGAGAAAAAUAUCCCUUUUUAGACAGUAGAUUAACUCUUUGUAAAAUUGUAAGUGUGAGAGAAAACAUCAUUUUUUGACUCUGCAAAAAUUUUGAUAUUGAGGUCUGCACGAUUUCAAUAGCUUGAACACUUUUCCAAAGACUUCUCAGCAUGAAUGUGGUCUCAUUUGACUAUAUAAAGCUCUACGGAGGGAUUUGUGUAUUAUUAGCUUAUAAAUUUAAUGAAGAAACCCAUCUAGAUAUCGCAAAAGAGCAGCUGAGACUAAUAAUCAAAGCUGUUUGUAAUAUAGAUAAAAACGAGAAUUUACAGACAAGAGAGAUCGCCAAAUGGGAGUUUAAGGUAUAUUCACAUUUAAGCUUCUCUCUUUUGCUUGAUCCUGACGAAUAUGAAGGCAGUUUUAAUUAUAUUCUUGGCAGAUUGCAUGUGACUGCUGAAGAAUACUUAACUGAGUCUCCAAAUCUCAACCCCAGAAGUCCUAUUAUUUAG